CUACCUUUUAAAAUUAAUGACGUAGGAAAUGUUCUAGUAAAUAUAAAUACAGCUGAAGUUAACGUUCGUAGUUUUAUAUUGAAACUGAGAAAAUGUUGUUCAGACAUAUUUUUGGAUUACUAGUAGGAAUCAAUCUGAUAUUAACAGUCAUAUGUCAGUCUCGGAGUUACUUCAAUAGGAACUGUCCGCUGAACAAAUCUAAUGGCGUUAGAGAAUGUAAGAUGUAUGUAGACACUCGCUUAAAUUUUAUUGACUUCAGACAAUGGACAUCUGGGCUUGGGAAUGCAGUAAAAGUUUCCUUAGAUAUAACCUGUAGUUCCAAUGGACGAAUUUAUAUUCCAUGGCCAAUGAAAGCUAAUGGACUGAUUAAACUUACUAUUGAAGGAUGUACACUGGAAGGAUAUGCUUCGGAGUUUAAUGCCCCAACAAGGCUGAAAGAUGAGCUACAAGAUUUAUCUUUGGAUAAUAUCGUCAUUGUUUCCAAUCUAGAUAGUAUAUUUGAUAUUAUAUACAAACCAGUUACUCAGGAAUACGACUGUGGACAACAAACUUUACGGAGUUCAGUAAGACGUAAUAUAUCAUACAUGUUCCCAAAUAUAAACGAUCAACGUUUGAGUAAAAGACAUGAAGCGCUAUUAAUGUCAUCGGCCGAUGAGUUGAUUAAAAAGUCGAAGCAAAAACGGUAUAGAUGCAAUUACUCUGAGUUAAAUUACAUUGAUCAAAGUCUUAGCAGAACUCGCAGUAAAUUGUACUUACAACUGAUGACUGCUUAUUCCGAGUACCCAAAUCUUCAAACUUUUCUUAUUGCUGACAAUGGAUACAGGAGAGUUCCACAAGAGUUAAUUGAUUGGAGGAAAUCUUUCCCACAACUUACAUUAUUAGAUAUGUCUAAAAAUAAAAUCUCAAAAUUUGAUUUCUUGGGAGCACCUUUUAAAAGGAUGAACACGCGAUCACAACCGCUGGUGGCUGAUCUAUCGAACAACCUCGUUACAACCAUUCCACUGAACAUGCCGGAUUAUCUCACUGGUUCUGUGCCGAUUAUUGUUGACUUAACAGGUAAUCCAUUGAAUUGUAAUUGUGACUUCUUACGCUAUAAAAAAUAUGCAAUGGAAGCGAUCAGACGGUUUGGAAGGUAUAACCAUUUAUCUCAGAUAACCUGUUAUUCACCACGAUCACGCAGGAAAAUUAGUCUAGCCAAUUACCGUAACAACAAUUGUUUGAUAUGAAAAUAUAGUACUUUCAAUUUCGUAGAAAUUUGAACACUUGACAGUUAGACUGUAAAGCUGUGUUGGUAUUUGUGGAAUAUAAAUAAAUAUAUUUGUACAUCCAGAGUUGGUAUCAUAUGGUAUUCAUAUGUUUUAUAUGUUUAUAUGUAAAUUAUUAUCAGAAUGCUCAUUUAAUGAAUAAAUAUUGAGAAGCUA